CUGAGGAAAGGGGAGGCCAUUUUCCGAUCAGGAAAGAGAGCAGAGGAGGGGUAAAAGAAGAGGAAAAAUAGGGCUCAGCGCCUCCCCGCCGCGCCGUGUACAGGGUGGCCUUCUCGGCUGGCGGGUGAGGUCGCUGAGAGCCCGAAGGAGAUGUUUUCCCUGUCGAGCACGGUGCAGCCCCAGGUUACAGUUCCUCUGAGUCAUCUCAUCAAUGCCUUUCAUUCACCAAAAAAUACAGCUGUUUCUUUCAGUGCUUCAGUUCCUCAAAACCAGCAUCGAGAUGUAAUUACUGAGCAUGAGGCUCCCAGCAGUGAGCCUGUACUUAACUUAAAGGACCUUGGAUUAUCAGAAUUAAAAAUUGGACAGCUUGAUCAACUCGUGGACUGUUUACUUCCAGGACUUUUUAAAGGCAAAAAAAUUUCUUCCCAUUGGCAUACAUCUUAUGUUUCUGCACAGUCCUUUUUUGAGAAUAAAUAUGGUUACCUAGAUAUAUUUAGUACUUUACGUUCCUCUUGCUGGCACCGACAACAUCCAAGAACUCUUCAAGGCAUUUGUUCAGAUCUUCAGUACUGGCCAGUGUUCGUACAGUCUCGGGGUUUUAAAACUUUGAAAUCAAGAACACGGCGUCUGCAGUCCACCUCUGAAAGAUUAGCUGAAACUCAGCAUGUAGCACCAUCAUUUGUGAAGGGGUUUCUUUUGAGAGACAGAGGAUCUGAUAUUGAAAGUUUGGACAAACUCAUGAAAACCAAAAACAUACCUGAAGCUCAUCAAGAUGCAUUUAAGACUGGUUUUGCAGAGGGUUUUCUGAAAGCUCAAGCACUCACACAAAAGACCAAUGAUUCUCUAAGACGAACUCGGCUGUUUCUCCUUGUUCUGCUGCUGCUUGGUAUUUAUGGACUCUUAAAAAAUCCAUUUCUAUCUGUCCGCUUCCGGACAACAACAGGGCUUGACUCUGCGGUAGAUCCUGUCCAAAUGAAAAAUGUCACCUUUGAACACGUUAAAGGAGUAGAAGAAGCCAAACAAGAAUUACAAGAAGUUGUUGAAUUCUUGAAAAAUCCACAAAAAUUUACAGUGCUUGGAGGUAAACUCCCAAAAGGUAUUCUUUUAGUUGGACCACCAGGAACAGGAAAGACACUUCUUGCUCGGGCUGUGGCUGGAGAAGCUGAUGUUCCCUUCUAUUAUGCUUCUGGAUCAGAAUUUGAUGAGAUGUUUGUGGGUGUGGGAGCCAGCCGCAUCAGGAAUCUUUUUAGAGAAGCAAAAGCAAAUGCUCCUUGUGUAAUAUUUAUUGAUGAGUUAGAUUCUGUUGGUGGGAAGAGAAUUGAAUCUCCAAUGCAUCCGUAUUCAAGGCAGACUAUAAAUCAACUUCUUGCUGAAAUGGAUGGAUUCAAACCCAAUGAAGGUGUUAUCAUCAUAGGAGCUACAAACUUUCCAGAGGCAUUAGAUAAUGCCUUAAUACGUCCUGGUCGUUUUGACAUGCAAGUGACAGUUCCAAGGCCAGAUGUCAGAGGUCGAACAGAAAUUUUGAAAUGGUAUCUAAAUAAAAUAAAAUUCGAUCAGUCUGUUGAUCCAGAAAUUAUAGCUCGGGGUACUGUUGGCUUUUCUGGGGCAGAAUUGGAGAAUCUUGUAAAUCAGGCUGCAUUAAAAGCAGCUGUUGAUGGGAAGGAAAUGGUGACAAUGAAGGAACUAGAAUUUUCCAAGGAUAAGAUUUUAAUGGGCCCUGAACGUAGAAGUGUAGAAAUUGAUAACAAAAACAAAACCAUCACGGCAUAUCAUGAAUCUGGCCAUGCAAUUAUUGCUUAUUACACUAAAGAUGCAAUGCCAAUCAACAAAGCUACAAUCAUGCCACGAGGGCCAACAUUAGGACAUGUGUCCCUUUUGCCUGAAAAUGACAGAUGGAAUGAAACAAGAGCCCAGCUACUUGCACAAAUGGAUGUUAGUAUGGGAGGAAGAGUGGCAGAGGAGCUUAUAUUUGGAACCGACCACAUCACAACAGGAGCUUCCAGUGAUUUUGAUAAUGCUACUAAAAUUGCAAAACGGAUGGUUACCAAAUUUGGAAUGAGUGAAAAGCUUGGAGUUAUGACUUAUAAUGAUACAGGGAAACUGAGUCCAGAAACUCAAUCUGCUAUUGAACAAGAAAUAAGAAUCCUUCUAAGGGACUCAUAUGAACGAGCAAAACAUAUCUUAAAGACUCAUGCUAAAGAACAUAAGAAUCUUGCAGAAGCUUUACUGACUUAUGAGACUUUGGAUGCCAAAGAAAUUCAAAUUGUUCUUGAGGGGAAGAAAUUGGAAGUGAGAUGAUAAACUGUCUUGAUAUGGAUGUGUAGCUGGUUUUAUAAGUAGGACCGCAGUAGUCUCCUUGUGCAAUGCUUUUUCCUCCUUCUUGACUUUGUAUCAAGGGUGUGAAAUACUUGGUCAUUCUUUGUCACAUUUAUCUAAUUUUUGUUAUUCUAUUAUGACAUCUAUUGCAAAUUAGCAACCCAAAGCAAAUGGCGAUAAAUAAAGAACUAUCAGGAUUAAAAACA